GAAAACAGACAAAUCAUUUGCUGGAGAUUCUCAUUUGCAUUGUGGGAGCAUAAAGCAAAGGAACCAGAGCAAUGGCGAUCAGAGAUUUUAUACCUGAGGCGUUUGUCAUUUUGCACUUCUUCCACUGCGGAGUAUGGCAAUCUCUGACGAUUUACCUGCCUUCGCAGCUUUUUGGGAUUAAUCAAUUUAUGCCACAGAUCCUGGGAAUAAUUGCUUCUCUGGGUGUCUCCAUCAUUUUCUUCAGCUUCAAGAUUCAUUCAAAGAAAAUUCGUUUUGUUCACUUCGCUCUGCUGGGAAUUGGGAAUAUUUUCUUCGUCAUUAACGGCUGUUACUUUGCCCUUGAUCAUUUGGAAAGCAUAAAAGGCCUGUACUUUGGUGGAGUUGGUCAUGGUAUCACCUACAUCACAGGACUCUCCUACAUGCACUUCCGCUUGGCAACAAAUGAAUUCAGGAUAUUCAAGCUUGGACUCUGUCAUGUUGUCUACCUCAUUGGGAUCGUGUCAACAGUGCACGGGAUUGAGCUAAUGUCUGCAGAUCUUGAGAAAAUCUUCACGCAAGUUCAUCCAAUGAUUACCUGUCCUGCUUCAAUUAACUUCUUCACCCUCCUCAUCAAUGAAGUUCUCCACGCUGGGGGACUCUUUGACUACAAAAUGUGUCGAGAUGAGGAAGUUAAUGCUGCCAAUGAGAAGGGAACGCUUCUCACGGCUGCUCUUGAAUUUUCUCCUGUUCCCAAAGCAGAAGGGAGGAAUUUCACACAGACCACUCUUCAGCAGGAAGCUGCGUUGCAACAACCAAACAUAAAGCGUCAAGUCUUCCUCACGAUGCUCAUGAUCUUUGCCAAAUUGAAGAACUACAUGGCUUCGCAUUUAAUCUUCAUUAACUUCUUCGUCUUCUUCUCUGAAGACUUCUUCCAGGUACGCUCCUACUUUGUCAUGCACUACCUCAUCCUAUCAGGAGCCAUUGCGGGGAUCUUCAUCACUCUCAAGGGGAACAUGAGGAGUAUUUACGUUGUUUCAGCAAUCUGUGUCUGCAUUUGCGUUCUUGUCGUCAUGAUCUUCAAGCUAACAUCUGUCUUCCUUGUUGGACUCUACUCCCUGCCAAUUAUCCUACUCUACUUCCACCUUGGGGUGUCCUACUUCAUCCCCGACUGCUCAAUUAUGGAAGUUUCGAGCUUAAAGUGUACUGAACUGAGUUUAGCUGGAGGGUAUGUGGCUGAAGGAAUUUCCCACAUGAUUACAAUUGCCACGAUAAAGUGCUCAGAGUUCAAUCAACAUGAAAGCUUCUGGCACAGCAGUGUUAUCUUUGUUGCCAUUCUCAGUGCUGUGUGCGCAAUGAUGUUCAAGUGGCUGCCUAAAACGUGGUGCCUAUCGAUACUUGAUGUGCAACAUUUAGUGCUUUUUAAUGAAAAUCGCUGGAAACCUCAGUUGCAAAAUUAAAUCCAAAUAUAUUGUGCAAUCAAUUUAUUUUUUAAUGACUUUCAAUAAAGUUCUUAAUAAGCAACAAA